AUGAUAUGUUAUAAUAAUUCUGUUAAUGAUCAAGCAUUAACUGUAUCUGUUAUUUUGGAAGGUACACGAUGUGUUAUCGAACAAUAUGACGAAUAUUAUCGAGUUAUAAUAAAACAUUGUGAAAAUGGAUCAAAAGUAUUAGUUAAAUUAAUUGAUUAUGGCAAUGAAAUUGUUGUUGAUACCAUCAUAAUUAUUAGAAAUUGA